CGGUCGUCUCUCGGGCCUCAUCCUGAGUGAGUUGAGUAACUAUCACGUACUAGUCACGACAUGGCGGGUCACUGUCUUGUCAUUCUUACUGUCGGUGUUGUGUCACUAUUUUACAACGUAUGUGGACAAGUUAUAUCACGCGGUCCGUGUCCGAGUGUUUCGCUGCAACGAGACUUCAACAUUGACAAAUAUACUGGUUCGUGGUACGAGAUUGAAAGAUUUCGAGCCUGGUUUGAAUCUGGUCUGAAAUGCAUAAAUGCGAAAUACUGGCUGAAACAAGAUGGCACUAUUGGGGUAAUCAACAGUGGGACAAACAUCGAGACCGGUGAACGAACUUCGACUCAGGGGGAUGCUUUUGUGCCAGACCCAAACGUGCCGGCUAAGUUGAAAGUGAGAUUCCGGUGGUGGCUACCGGCAGGUGACUACUGGGUUCUGAAGACUGACUACGACACUUACUCUGUAGUGUACUCGUGUGAUGAUUUCCUAUUCGGAUUCGUCAAAAUGGAAUAUGCUUGGAUUCUAAGCCGUGAUCGCACUCUCAAUACUCGCACUCUGACAAACAUCAAGCGAGAUGUACAAGAUCGUGGUAUCGAUAUCAGUAACUUCCUAUUCUCUGACCAGACUGGUUGUGAUGCUUAAGAUAACACUUUGAAUUAUUAACCCUUGGACGAGGUUUAGUCUGCCAUCUUCGCCUAGGAGCUUUGAGUUGUAGAUUUUAAAAUGUUGGAAUAGUUACAUUACAAGAACUGGACAGGGUUUUCCUAACGUUACUGUUAAGUUAUACUUGAUUUGGCGAGUCUCUUUCUUUUCUGCCUGUUAUACUGCCCUCAUGGCAUGCAUGGGGACACAGUCACACAGAGAGAAAAGAGGCCAGAAUCGAAAUACUAACACGGUAGUAUAUACCAAGGCUACCACUGAGGGCAAUAUUUACAAAUAGACAAAACAGCACAAAUAAAGAUUUUGUAUUCGAUUCUCGGUAAUUCUAUAUGUUGAGGUUAGAUUUUGAAAUAAAAAUAGUAAAAAUUAUAGCUACAAAGCAACAUUUAACAGCUUUCAAGAAUAAAAGCAAAGGCUUUGCAUAUUGCAUAUUAUCACAAAUAAUCAAAAGUUUUCCAUAAUAACAAAGUCACAUGACCAUUUAAGGUAA